UGAGUUUAACCUCGUCGAGUGGUGCUGGGACUUGAGCUGGAGAGGGUUUGCAAAUUUGUGACCGAUAUUAUUGCCAGUGUUUUGUUCGUCUUGUUUUCCUGACUGCAUCUCGUGUCGUCUUUUCUUCACCGGACCUAACUCAAGGAUACAACAGUGAACAUUCAUUUUGUAAAGGCUUCCUUUGGUCCUAGGGUACGUUACACCGCGAGCAAUUAAGCAAUAUUUAUUGGAAACGGAGCGCGGGAAGGCGGACAGCAAAUCUCUUCUUUAAAUGAGGCUCGACAAUCGUGUGGAAUGGACGCAAUAUCAUUCGCAUGUGUUUUGAUAACAUAACAAACUCUUGAAGUGUGCUGUAGAGUCAGAUGUGAUUACUGGAAUUCUAGAACAACUACCAUCAAAGGAUUCAUAAAGAAUUCGAUUAGGAACGCUCUACACAUUGUGGAAUAGAUGGCAUUACAGUUCAAUAACUUCAUUAGAGGCCCCACUAUUUUUUUUUCAAUCAUCGAAGAGUCUACCGAACGCAGUUAACGGGACUGCGAUUAUAUUUUCUACACAUGGCCUACAAAUUAAGUUUCUUUUUAAACUGAGAAACGGUCAACCAAGAGGAGAGCAAGCGUUAUUUUAACCAUCAAAUUUGACUGACUGUGUUUUUCACUUUAACACUUUAAUGCAUCAUUAGAUAUGGACAAAGCUGAACAGAAAAUCUUAAUGCACGCUUUACUUGAAACAAAGGUGUAAUGAGAGAAAUAUCCAGUGGAUGUCUACGUUGAGUUGUGCAAUCGUUUAGUCUACUUCGUUUGCUUUUUGUGGAUUUGCCAUCGAGUCAUUUUCUAGAAUUCUGGCUAGACUGGCUAGAAUAAAAAGCUAGACAGGCAAUUGUUUUGUAACAUCUAAAUCAAACAUAAUUACGCAUUUCAUUCCUUUAUCAUCCCCGGUGAAGAAGAAAAACAUGAUCAGUAUGCUGUGCCUAAGUUUUGAAAAGAAAAACGGAAAAGGAGCCCCGAAGCGAUCAAUAAUGUUGAGGAACUCAGCAAAUUCUGACCGAUGGCGUAUGAUGGGGGUCAUUUUCACCAUUUUGAUUCUAUUGCUUCAGCUCACCGUUGCUUGCAACUCUACAACAGAUUGUUGCCCUGACAACGAACUUAUAGAACAGGGACAAGAUGCGGUUACCAUAGAAACGGAUGUUGAUACGGGAACAGUGGAUGCCCAGCUGGCGACGGAGCGCUCUCGCUUUCAAGACAGGCUGAAUUUUACCCGGGGAAUUAAUUUCCCGAACUUUACCAACUACGGAGAGGACUUGCCUCCCUUGGGUGAUCCCGAGGACAUAGCGGACCUGUGCAAGCAGAAUGAGGGACUACCCGACGAAUGCAGAUCUGAUCUGUGCCCGCGACAGAACAUAACCGACCUAAAGGGUACCUUCGAAUGGGACUACACCCCCGCGGGGGAUUACGCCUUCUUACCCUGCCCUAAUGGGGGCUGGCUGGAGGAGUACUUCCCCACCGCCCCUCCCAUGAUGGUAGCCUACCGCCCCUGCUACCCACCCACAGUAAGAAAGGGGCUGAGGCAGCUGUUCUACGAGGGGGCUUUCUGGGGCGAGCCGGUGACCGACAUCUGUCGAUGGAGCUCGGAGACGACAUGGAUGUUGGACGACAUCCGCAAGGCGAUCAGGGAGGAAAUAUUGGAUAUGAUCCGCAACACUCCCAGCAACAACUUCAACAGUAACAACGUCACCCGAAUCAUCUACCACCUCCGUGAAGCCAGUCUCUUGAUCAACUCUGUCCCCACCGACUACCUCACCGAAGUCGACGUGCUCAUGGUCGCCUCGGUGAUCGACACCUCCGUCAGCGCCGGAGUCGAGGGACUCUACACCGUCACCUCGGAGCUUGGGCAAGAGGUUGUCAACCUUGCAGACCGCAUCCUGGACAUUGAUAUUUGGACGCUGCUGAAGGCCCACAGCUCUUGCCUCAGUAUUGCUGAUAAUCUCGAAAUCUACACGGGACGCGUCAAGAUGGGUAUGCUCGGCGACAAACUGACGCAUAACGGUCGCAAUCUUUACAUCGAAGUCGAGCAGACGACACCUGAAUAUGUCGAACAUUUACCCAACAGGUGGGUGGUGGCGCCAGAUACUGAGGGGAAUUCUGAACCGGAACCAGUAGUCUCCAUUGACUUUCCAUGGGGAAAAAUUGCAGCGGUAAAACGACGAAAUCAAACAGAUGGAAGAUCUCAUAGAAUUCGGGAGAGAGAUCGCGAAACCAGACGGAACAGGACUAUCUUUGAUGAUCGGUUCAAUAGGAGAGACCCUGAGGCAUAUGCCGUACCUACGUAUAUGAUAAGGGCCACCGCUAUUGUUUACUAUACAGGAAAAUUCUUUGUGAGCGAGUUAUCCCAGAUCGCCCCCGUUGAUGAAACUGUGCUGGUAUACAUCAAGGCAUACAAUGACGGUGUGCCGUUGGAAGAGAUCCCCGAACCGCUCUCCAUUACCUUCUAUCAUACGACUGAUGGCCAGGGUGAUCUACCAGACUGGGCUGGAUUUGCCUGUGGAUCAGCUCGACUCCAUAGCUCUAGAGAACCUGUACCUGAUCUUGUGCAGCAUGUUGAACUGGAAUGGGACUCUUCGUACUGCACGAUGAAUUUUACAAAUGAUAACUACACAGUCUGUAUGUGUACCGUCUUAGAAAUCAUUGGUCUGAUAAAGGAUGCAAUACCAACACAGGAACCGACCACACCAGAAACAGCACCCGGACCACUUGAAUUCAUUGGAAUUCCGAAUUCACUUGGCCUGACUAUAACAAGCUACAUUGGCUACAGUGUAUCAAUCAUCAGUCUACUCCUAACUAUCAUAACCUACGCUAUCUUUCCAAAGCUGCGGCGGGGUCGUCCGACCCUCAUCCACGUGAACCUGUGCGUGGCCAUCCUCCUCCUCCUCGUCCUCCUCAUCUCUUCCGUGGCCUUCUGCAACAACGUCAUGGGGUGCCGUGUCGCCAACAUCUUCCGUAUCUACAUCAUCCUAGUCUCGCUGAUGUGGAACGGGGUCGAGGCCGUCCACAUGUACAUGACCCUCGUCAAGGUCUUUACCGCCCACGCUUCGUACUUCGUUCUCAAGGCCGGCCUGGUGGCUUGGGGUAUACCACUAUUCGUUGUGCUCAUAGCAGCUGCAGUCAACAUUGAAAUCUACGACGGGUUCCUCAUCAAUUGUACAUUCAGCUGUCGUUUGAGUACCGUCGCUUUCUACGGUCUCUUCUUAACACCGAUGCUCAUCAUCGUCCUCUUCAAUAGCAUCGUAUUCGGGCUCGUUCUCCGGGUCAUCAGAAAAAUAUAUAAAACAGAUGGUAAAAAGACGCCAUUGAAUCAGUUGAAAGGUGCCGUUGCUCUCCUAGUCCUUCUCGGUAUCUCAUGGAUCUUCGGCGCGGCGGCCGCCGUCAACUUCACAAUCGUUCCGUCAGGAUACGAACCCCAAGCUACGGCAAACAUUUUUCAGGCUCUAUUUGCAAUCAGCGUUGCUUUCCAGGGCUUCUUCAUUUUUAUCUUCCAUUGUGCAAGAUACCCGGAUGUUAGGCAACAAUGGAAAACGACUCUGACACCGAAGAGAUGCAGGCGACAUGAGAGGAAAUCCAGUUGCAUUCCAACCGUGUCGACCGGUUCGGGAGUUGACGGCAUUCAGGUUACGCGGUUAUAGCAGGAAUAGUUAGCGGUAAGGGAGAAAGUGAUGCGGUAACCUUCUGUCAUCAUCGGUAAAACUAUGGAACAGGAUCUGACUGAGUGCUAUAUUCACCGGUGUCACAACAAAGAAGAAACAAUGUUUCCCACCGUGUCUACCGGUUCGGGGAAUGACGGUAUCGAAGAUAUGUGGUUAGCGGUUAGGGCUAAAGCGACGCGGUUAUCUAUUUGUCAGUGAAGCUAAACGAAAGGACCUGCUACCGUGACUCCGAUUCUAUACCCGCUUUCACGCCAGAGAGGAAAUCAAAAUGUAUUGUAACCGUGUCCUUGACCGCUCUGAGAACGUCAUUAUCCAGGACACUGGACUACCGCUGGAACUGUCAGUGGUUAGGGCUAAAUUAGCGACGCGUUAACUACCUGCCAAACUCAAUAAAAUUAGGGAAGAGGACCCGACAUACUGCUAUGUGACUCCGAUCAUUUACUGAUGUAACAACAAUGAAGAGUGUUGCAUUCCAACCGUGCCUUCCGGUUCGGGAAACGACCCGGUAACUCGAUUGAGCACGAAAUGUUAGCGGUUAUAGACCUUCAAUUAUGACAUUGUUCUUGAGUGUUUGCAACUAGUAUAAGACCGGCAAUGGAAUUUAGUCGGUACUAUUGACAUUUUCGACAAAUUAUAUUUGUACUAUUUUUAAAGGGUUGUUGAACGCCAU